GUUCUUUCGGCUGCACCUGGGCCGACUGUGCGUGACUGCUCGCUUGACGAUCCGAGUGGUCCUGCAACAUGUGGCAGCUGGCAGGAGGCAGUCAGCCUUGAAGCCUUUCUGUCUCGAGAUGAGGAAGAUGGUCAGACCGUUGUGCUGGUGGCAGUAAAUGGCUGGCUUGUUGGUAUGCUAAGUGUGGCUGAUCCCGUAAAGCCAGAGGCAGCUCUGGCUGUGUCAGCGCUUCGUGCACGAGGCGUACGAGUCGGCCUGCUCACAGGUGACAACUACCGAACAGCCACUGCGAUUGCCAGGCAGGUGAGACAACUGCUAUGA